AUGAUUAAGAAACCAUCACAUAAUCUUCGAAGGGAACAUAAUUAUCUCAAAUCAAAUGAUAUACUACAAAAGGAUAAAGAUUUGGUAUUGAAUGUUAUCACAUCGAAACGACCAUUGAGUCCUAUCAGAAGAAGGAACACUCAGAUAGUGGAGAAAAAGAAUGGUUGUGAAUUUGAAAAAUCUGGAAUACAGAAACCUGCUGUCAAACUGUCAUUAGAUAUGGUGCCUGAUAAAUAUAUAAACUCCGAACUCUGCCAACUGCAUGUAGCACUAAUUAAAGCAUUAAAAGAUCAGUCAGAAUAUUUACUUAAAACGAAUAGUAACCAAUUAUCAUUUGAUGCAUUAGAAAAGGACAACUCUCAUACUUUUUGUGAUCUUAAAGCAAAAAUUGACUUGCUCGAAGAACAAAUACGGAAAUUGUCUACAAAUAUCGACCCUUAUACCAUUACAACCAAAGCUCUGAAUCCACCUACAGUACCUGUCAUUCACAAACCAUUGAGGGAAAAAGACCUAAAUAAAAACUUCUCAACAAAUAUACCUCGAUUAGACACUCCUCCAUUCUAUGAAGAAGAGGAAGAAUUAGAUCCGGAUGAUGACCCAUUCUAUUAUAACAUGCAGACAGAAUUAGACAUCGGAAACACAAAUAUGAGAGACACAAUUAUAACUCUCCCGAAUAUGACCCAAACUUAUGAUGAGGCACUUAAUAAUAAUGACAUUGCCAGUGAUGACGACGAUGAUGAAAUUGUGGAAUCAUCUGAUACUGAUUUACCAUUAGAAAUAAAGAUAGUUGAAUCUUCUUCGUCAAACAAAAUGGUUACAGAAAGUAUACCGAAAAGUUUAUAUGAAUCAACUACAAAAAAAGACAAUCACGAUAGCAAUCAUACUACCGCUGUAAAUGCGAAAGCUAAUGAUGAUGAUGACAAUGAUCUCUGGCUACGAUCUUUCUCUGCACAUGAAGAUGAUAGAAGUGAUAUCUCAGAUGCAUAUAAUGACGGCUACGGUGACCAUAAUAUUAAUUCAGAUAUAGAAAUCUUAGGAGAAGAAUCGAAUGAAGCAAACGCGACUAGGAACUUUCCAGGUGAGGACAGUGAUAUUGUUGAUGAUCAUGAUGAUGGUUUUGAGUAUGAGCUUGGUGAUUCUGAAAUAGAAAAUUUUAAUGAUGAAAGAGAAAACCAAACACAAUUGCAAUGGGAAGAUGAAUUAGAUCAAGAUCUGGAGAUUCUUGAUGAGAGAAACAUCACACCUCUGAAGUCUCCCCUUAAUAAUGACGACCAUAUCGAGGAGAUAUUUGAGAUUGAAGAUGAUGAGGAUGACGUGGGUUUAUCGAUUGCUGAAACUAGAACUGCAAAUGUCAAUGAAGAGGAAUACAGAUGGACAGAGGAAGUUUAUUAUAGAUUACGCCAUACUUUUAAACUCCCUGGAUUUAGACCGAAUCAAUUAGAAGCUAUCAAUUCUACACUUAUAGGGAAAGAUGUUUUCGUUUUAAUGCCCACUGGCGGUGGGAAAUCAUUAUGUUAUCAAUUACCUGCUAUAGUUAAAUCAGGUAAAACUAAAGGUACAUCUAUUGUCAUUUCACCAUUGAUAUCGUUAAUGCAAGAUCAAGUGGAACACUUGCUGGAUUUGAAUAUUAAAGCGAGUAUGAUAAGUUCCAAAGGUACCACUCAACAACGGAAACAAACAUUUAGUCUUUUCUCACAGGGGAAAUUAGAUUUAAUAUAUAUAUCACCUGAAAUGAUUGCAUCAUCCAAACAAUGUAAACGAGUCAUUAAAAAACUGUAUCAAGAGGGGAAUUUAGCUAGAAUAAUUGUUGAUGAAGCUCAUUGUGUAUCUAGUUGGGGUCACGAUUUUAGACCAGAUUAUAAAGAAUUAUAUUUUUUCAAGAGUGAAUAUCCUAAAAUUCCAAUGAUGGUACUAACUGCGACAGCAAAUGAGCACGUUCGACAAGAUAUUGUAACGAAUCUACGGUUAAGAAAUCCAGUUUUUCUCAAACAAAGUUUUAAUCGUACUAACUUGUUCUAUGAAGUGUUGAGGAAGGAUAAAGAUUCUAUUGAUGAAAUGAUAGAUGCAAUUAAAUAUCACUUUACGGAACAGUCAGGAAUCAUUUAUUGCCAUUCUAAAAAUUCCUGUGAAAAAGUUGCGUUACAAUUGCAAAAUAACCAAAUCAGAUGUGGAUAUUACCAUGCGGGUAUGGAUCCCGAUGAAAGAAUGAUGAUUCAAAGAGAUUGGCAACGUAAUAAAUUACAAGUGAUAUGUGCUACCGUUGCUUUUGGUAUGGGUAUUGAUAAAAGUGAUGUCAGAUUUAUUUAUCACUUCACAGUACCAAGAACUUUGGAAGGUUAUUAUCAAGAAACUGGACGUGCUGGUAGAGAUGGUAAACCAUCUUAUUGUAUCGGAUAUUAUUCCAUGAAGGAUGUUAGAGCGAUUCAAAAAAUGAUCCAAAAGGAUAGUAGUCUUGAUAAGAUUAGCCGAGAGAAACAUUUUGAUAAAUUACAAGAAGUGAUGAAAUAUUGUGAGAAUAUUAAAGAAUGUCGAAGGAAGUUAGUCUUAUCGUAUUUUAAUGAAGAGUUUGAUAGAAAUUUGUGUCACGAAAAUUGUGAUAACUGUAAGAAAUGUCAAGAUGUUGUUUCUCAUAUGGAAGAUAUAACCAUGAUUGCAAAGGAUGUUAUUACUUUAGUUCAAAGUAUUGAGAAUGAAACUGUAACAUCUAUAUAUUGUCAAAACUUAUUCAAAGGAUCACGUACUGCCAAGAUCAUUCAAGCAGGGCAUGAUAAUUUAGAGAAACAUGGGACAGGUAAAAGCAUUAAUAAGGCCAAGAUUGAAAAGAUUUUCUUCCAUUUAAUUUCUGAAAGAAUUCUCGAGGAAUAUUCAAUUACUAAUAAUGGUGGAUAUGCAAAUUGCUAUGUGAGAACCGGUGUUAAUUCAAGGAAAGUCAUUAAUGGAUUGUUGAAAGUAAAAAUGGAACUCACUGAAUUGAGACCCAUUCCUGCAUCGACUACUGAAGAUAAUAAUGAUGGCACCAAUAGUAAAGUGUCAAAGAAUUCGAAAUCCAAGCCUGUAUUUUUAGAAGUCUUAGCAGAACAAGGUCGGCAUAUGAAGAAUACCCCUGUUCCAAUAAAUUCAGUUCUUUUCGGUAAUGAUGCUAGGCGACCAAUAUCUAGUGGUAGUAAUAACGGAGAAAGGGAAGAAAUAAUAAAGCAAAUACGACAGCAUCAAUUUGAGCCGCAAUUUCAAACAGGGUUUCGUCAACCGAGAGGGUCAACGAGAAGGAAACGUAAUGGAUCUGGUGGUGGAUAUAAGAGGAGAAAGUCAUGGAAAGGUCGAAGUAGGCGGUGA